AUGAUUUUAAUAUUAACGAUAAUAGAAGAAGCUGGAGGACGUCAAGGUUACGAAACUAUCUUAAAAAAAGGAAUUGUGGAUCGUACUUCUUCUCCCACACCUUCUCUUCCUAAUAAUAAUAAUAAUAAUUCAUCUUUACAAAAUCAUCGAUUAAAUAAUCCAACAACAACAUCGACUUCUUCCUCACCUUCAUCAUCAUCAACAAAUUAUCAUCAUCAAAAUCAUCCAAGUUAUCAAAAUCUUCAUAAUAUUCAGUUACCUAAUAUAAAAGUACCAUUUCCGCCAAUAAUCAAUCUAAAAGAAUUAAUCUCAAGACCAAGAAAAGGAAAAACAAAAGUUCCGUCAAAACCACCGAAUGCUUUUAUGAUUUAUCGUAUGCAAUAUGUUAAAGAAUUACACGCAAGAAAUCAUCGUCUACCAAUGAGAAGCAUAUCUCCUUCUGUAGCAAAUUCUUGGAGAGAAGAACCAGAUUCUGUUGUUAAUCAUUAUGAGCAACUUGCCAGAGAUGCAAGUAAAUAUUACAAUUUAAAAUAUCCCAAACCUCCUCCCUCUACUUCCGUUUCUUCCGCCUCUAUUAUUAAUUCAACAACCACAAUUAGAGCACCAUUUGAACACAAGAUUCCUUUAC